CUUUCACAGCCGUUCGGUUACCAUAGAAACCGUUUGCCUCAAAGAGGAACGAGCCAAGUUUGAAUUAGCGUCGACAUAAGCUCGUUAACGUUGAUAUUAUUUGCUUAAAGCGUUAAACCGUUAUUAGUUGAACCGCUACAUGUCGUUUCACAUGAAGACUGAAUGAAGCUCCAACGGUUGUAACGGCAGAGAGCAAGCUAAAGCUACUGUAUCACGUUCCACCAUGCAGUCAGACAGAGACAGUGGACUGGGAGAUCUGGAGGCCCAGCUGGCCAGUAAAGAGAGGGAGUGGAAGGAGCUCCUGGCUGCAAGGGUUCAUCAACUGGAGAGUCUCCUGAAAAAGGCCCAGGAGGAGUGCUCCUCCCUCAGAGAUGGCUACCAGAAACUGAGUGAGGAUUUCCAGUUCAACCUCGCCAUCUUGGAUGAACGAGACAGAGAGCUGGAGAGAUACGAUGUCAUCACUGCCAGAGCUGUAAAUGCGGAGCGCCACAGGCAGGAAGAGCUGAACCAGCUCCACAUGCAGGUUGCCAAGCUGGAGGAGCAGAGAGCCAGAGAGACUGAGGAGAGGCAGGAGGAGCAAUGUAAAAGUCAGCACAGUGCUGCUCAGCACAGGCUGCAGCUGGAUCAGCUCAAGCGCUCCAUGGCUGGUGAAAUUCAAAGGCAAACGGAGGAGUAUGAGAGGAUGAAAUGGGAUUUGCAGCACAAGAUACAAGAGCUAGAAGGAGAGCUGACCCUACAGAGACAGGAGAUGACGGCAGCUUUCGACAGUGAGCUUAGACAGCAGGAACAUGAGUUCAACUUGAAAAUGGAUGAGAUGCGUGCUGUGGUGCUGUCUCAUGAUCUCAAGGUGAAGCAGCUGUCUAAAGAGACUGAAGUUCACUACCAGGCUCAGCUCCAGGCCACAGAGGCUCUCAAAGUAUCUAAGGAGUUCUGUCAGCAGAUAGAAACCCAGCUGCAACACAAAGAGCAGGAGAUCAAAGACCUCACUGCUGACAAGGACUGCAGAAUGAACGAGCUUGAGGAUGAGCUGAAAUGUAUGGAAACCAAACUGAAGAAUGAGGAGGAUAACCACAUUAAGAAAUAUGAGGCUGUGGUGCAGGCUCUGAAGGAGCGUGAUGCGCAGCUGGAGGUUCGGUGUCAGGCCCACACAGAGGAGCUGCAGAAGGCUAAGAAACGCAUUGUCAAACUACAGGAGGAUAUGGAAGUUCUGGCUGCACAAGUACACUGUUCACAGAGAACCCAGCAGGAUGCCAUGGAACAGAAAGAUAAGACAAUCCAGAGGCUUCACACAGAGGUAGAAACCACCCGGACUGGAUGGGACAAGUACAUCAGUCAGGUCUCCAGUGAGAUGGUUGUCAAGGAUACAGAGGUCAUUACCCUGCAGGAGAGAGAAACCAAACUUAAGACUGAGCUGGACAGGAUCAAGGAGGAGAUGGAGGGGUACAAGCAGCAGCUGAGUGCUGGUCUGAAGAGAGAGAGGGCCUUAGAGCAGAAGAGAGUCCAGGUGGAACUGGAGUGGCAGAGACGCUGUGAGGACCUGAAGGCUGAACUCUACCUUGCUAAUGAGCAGCUAAUACAAGACCUGAGCAAUGCUAGAGACCAGGCUAAAGCAGAGCUGAAGGAGAAAGAACAAGAGCUGCAGGAGUUGACUGUCUUACUACGUUCUGUUAAGACGGAGAGAGACCAGGCAAUACAGGGUUUCACACCAAAGGUCGAUUCUCUAGCAUCAGAAGAGAUCCGUCGCCUGCAGGAGCAGAACAGCACCCUGCGGGCUGUGGUUACCCAGAUGAGGAAGGACAUGGAGGGCCUCAGCCGUCUCCUACCCCAGCCCCAGCCACAGGCCUCCUCUCUUCAGCCAGUUCGGCAUCAAGGAGGCCCUGCCACCACCUCCUUUACGCCUAAAGCUGACACUCAGACUGGACCACCGGCCCAAUCCGCUGACAUUUCCUCCACCAUCAACCCAGCAGACUACACUCAGGCUCUGGAGCAGGAGGUGUCCCAACUAAAGGCUCGAUGCAGGCACCUCGAGGAGAAGCUAGAAGGGCCUAUAGGACUCCCAAGCCUGGCUCCAGAGGACCUGCUACCCACAGUUCCACACAACACACGCCUACAGUACCAGGGACUUAAGCAAGGUGGUCUUUGUUUGGAGAAUCGUGCUAACACCUCUGCUUUGAUGAGGCUGGAGGCCAGAGUGACACACGUCAUAGAACAGGUACAAAAGAAUGCACAGCUCCGAGAGGAGAACCUGUAUUUGCAGCAGCAGCAGGCCUCAGGUCAGAUGUCAGUUGGUCUGUUUGAAGAUGUCCAGGGUGCUAAAAGCAACCCUCGUCUCCUGCACACCAGGCUGAAGCAGGCAGCGUCCUGCAUCGCCCGGCUGAGCAGAGAGAAACAGCAGCUGAUAGAGAUGGGCAACCGCCUCCGUGCACAGAUCACCACUGCUGGACUGGAGGAAGCAGUGGAACCAGAAAGAGAUUCCUCCACAGAAAAACUAGGAGAGCAACAUGACCGACUGUCUGCUCUGGAACAGCUGCAGUACCAGCUCACCUCACAGGAGCUGCAGUACGCUCUGAGGCAGAGGGUUUGCACUCUCGCUGAACAACUCCUCCCUGGAACCCACAACCUAGGUCCUGCCACUGAAGGGGCUGCCAAUCCUUGGUCCCAGGGGCACGAAAGCGCAGACAGGCCUGAGCGCUCCAAGAACAAAGAGAACACUCCUCCUCUCAGCCAGUCUGUGAGGUCCCUGGACCGUGGGCCACAGCCCCGCUCAGGUCAGUCCAGGUCUCUGCUGUCAUCAGAGGAAUCACUGCGGUCAUUAAACCAGCUGUGGGGAAUACUGGACCAUGGACUCAGUCCAUCUAUUUUCUCUGAAGGUGAAGGCGAGCCUAGCAGGGUGGAGGUGGCUGAGUCUGGCAGUGCUGGAGUCCAGAUGAUGGUGCACGGUACCAGCGCUCCCUUCCGUAACCAGCCCCCAUCCGAGCUCAAGCAGAGAAGGAACCCAUCUACAACACCGUCAAACACUGCCAAGACCAGCAGACAUGGAGCCCAAGACAGGAUGAGCAAGAUCAGAAAUUACAACGUUAAAGACUGACAGUCUGUCAGUAUGCUGCUCAUGGAGAGAGUGCUACUGGAGGAGCUCUGUCAAGUCUGAGAGAUAAACCCUGAUGUUGUCAUAGUGAGGUCAGCAGGAUGAUAUCAGCCACACAUUUAUAACAGAGAGCCUGCAGUUUGAAAGGGAGGGUCUAAUGAAGAGAUAUCAAGUUGCUUUAUGGGAAGAAUAGGAUCCCAUUUUAUGUUGGAGCUUAGCCCACUAAGAGCUUCCAGAUAUCUCAGCCUCUUCUGUUUUGAUUUGUGCCAUUCAUUUAUUAUCUGUCUAUAGUGAGUUCCCCAACUUUUGGGAACUCUUUUAAAGCCCAACAAGAGAAGUGCUCUCUAAGUCAAGAAAUGUUACAAAUAUCAUAAUUACAUUUUACAAUAAAACUUAUGGUAGAAAUAUAUUUUUGUAUUUUGCUGCUUCCAACAUCAGAGCUCACGUGCCUGAGCAGUCAAGGGACAACAACAGGCCACAAAACAAACAGACCUAUUGUGUACAAACCUCAGUAAUGUUUUGUAAUGUAUGUAACGUUCAAGGCUGUUGUAAGUUCUGUGUUUUAUUAUUUUACUACCAUUCAGAUACUGAACCCCAAAUUGCUCCUGAUGCUGUGCAUCGGUGUGUGAAUGUGUAUGAAUGAGUUAGUUUCUGUUCGAUGGGCUUUGCCAUCACUGAGUGAAUGUGUGUGAAAGGGUGAAUGUGGCAUGUAGUGUAAAAGCGCUAUGAGUGGUCGGAAGACUAGAAAGGUGCUAUACAAGUACAGGUCCAUUUACCAUCACUCCAUCUGUGGAUAAAAACGGCUCAUUCUAAGGAAAACACAACAAUGCUUUUUUUGAGGUGAUUAUACACUAAUGAAAACAUACCUAUGUAUAUUAUAUUCCAUUUUUGGCAGUACAUCCUCCUAAAUGUUACACACUGGACCUUUAAACAAUAUGACUAUAAAAUAAAUUUCUAUCAAACAA